ACUUUACAUACACCCAAAUUACAGACUGAGUUCUCUCGAAUACUUACUUGGAGCUUUUUCAACUGAACCACUGCAUUGUUUUUUGAGAAAUUGCUUCUUUCUCGAUAUUGGUAAUUCAUCAUGGCGCCUGCUGCUAUCUCGCCCCCUUCAUCACCCCGCCCGUCAGAUGCAUCAUCAACAGAUGUUGCGGCAUACCAGGGAUACCAUCAUGUACACUGGUAUGUCGGGAACGCCAAACAAGCUGCCUCUUUCUACGUGUCGCGGAUGGGCUUUGAGCGCGUCGCAUACCGUGGAUUGGAGACUGGAUCGAGAGCCACAGCAUCCCACGUCGUCCGGAACGGCAACGUCACAUUCGUCCUCACAUCGCCACUGAGGUGUUUAGAACAAGGCUCGCGGUUCAGCAAUGAGGAUGAGAAGUUACUAAAGGAGAUACACGCACACCAAGAACGACAUGGUGAUGCUGUCAAGGACGUCGCAUUCGAAGUCGACAACGUAGACGCCAUAUACUCAGCAGCCGUUUCCUCAGGCGCCUCCGCCAUCAGCGCACCGCACAACAUCUCCGACGCACAUGGCACCGUCCGCCUCGCCACAAUCCGCACUUACGGCGACACAACACACACGCUGAUCCAAAAGAACAACUACUCCGGCAUCUUCCUGCCUGGCUACCGUCCCGAAUCCAACGCUGCCGACCCGCUCCAAAAGUACCUACCACGCGUCACCCUCGAAGCCAUCGACCACUGCGUCGGCAAUCAAGACUGGGACGAGAUGGAGAAUGCAUGCGAGUACUACGAAAAAGUGCUUGGCUUCCACCGCUUCUGGAGCGUAGACGACAAGGACAUUUGCACAGAGUACUCUGCGCUCAAGAGUAUCGUCAUGAGCUCACCCAACGACGUGGUCAAGAUGCCCAUCAAUGAGCCUGCAAAGGGCAAGAAGCAGAGCCAGAUUGAGGAGUAUGUCGACUUUUAUGGUGGCCCUGGUGUGCAGCAUAUUGCGCUGCGCACUACAAAUAUCAUCCAUGCUAUUACCAACCUCAAGGCGAGGGGUGUGGAGUUUAUCAAGGUUCCGGAGACGUACUAUGAUUCGAUGAAGCUGCGGCUCAAGAAGGCGGGUAUGACACUCAACGAGGACUUUGAAGUGUUGAAGAGCUUGGAUAUCUUGAUUGACUUCGAUGAGGGUGGCUAUCUGCUGCAGCUCUUUACCAAGCAUCUAAUGGAUCGACCGACGGUGUUUGUCGAGAUCAUCCAGAGGAACAACUUCGAUGGGUUUGGCGCCGGUAACUUCAAGAGCCUGUUUGAGGCGAUUGAGAGGGAGCAGGAUCUCAGGGGAAACUUGGUCUAAAGCACUUAUGAUUUCAUCUUUCAGCAUUGUUUGGCGUUUCAAGCAAGUCAAUGGUAGUCGUCGAGCGACAUGAUCAAGCAUCAAUACAUUAGUCCAUCUCUUCAUAAGCCAA